CUGACCAGCGACACUCAAGUGGAAAGAGACAAGCUUAAGAAAGCAAAAGGGUCUAGCUCUUUAACAACUGCAUCUGUGCAAACUUUUCCAAACCACAAGACUCAGUUAGGCGCUCUAAAAUGUGGCUCCAAGUGUUCCUCUUCUGUUUGUCCUGCUUACUCCUGUCAAUCCAAACCCAGGCCCAAGGCCGAGCCUCCCUUCACCGUUCCAAUGACCCUUCUGGACGUUGUCAUUACACUUUUACUGUGGCCAAUCCACAGGAGUCCAGCUGCCCUGGAAGCAAACCCGAGAUGGAUCAAGCCUUGUCGCGGCUCACCCUGCUCGAAGCAUCGGUCAGCCGUCUCCUAACAGGAGUAGAUGGAGGCACCAUGACUGGGGUUGGAGGUAGUAGUGAAAAAGGUCUCCAGGAAGCUUUCUCCCAGGUUACAGCGCAAAAAAACCAGCUGCAGCAGGAUAAGGAGCGUCUGAACAUGCAGGUCCAGGAGCUGCAGAGGAGGCUGGCUGAGCUGAGCCAGGAGGCAGAGAGCCUCAGGCAGAAACCCUGCCAGCAGACGUUCACCUCAGGGGGGACUCAGCAUGAGAACAGGCCAGCCAGUGACCCCACAUAUGACUUUGGGAAUAGUGGAUAUCAGGAGAUGAAAGCUGAGGUGACAGAGAUCUCUGCAUCCCACCUAUUUCUUGAAGGAAGUCACAACUUCACAGGCUGUGGAGAAUUAGUGUCAGUAGGAGAUCCUGUGUUGCACAGGAAAGCUGAGAGUAUCACAGGGAAAUAUGGUGUGUGGAUGCAGGAUCCAGAGCCUCAGGGCCCUCAGUACACCAACAAGACUGUGUGGCGUAUUGAUGCAGUGGGUAAAGAUGUGCGUCAGCUCUUUGCAUAUGAGGACAUGGAUCAGUUCUCCAGAGGUUUCCCUAUGAAGGUCCUGGUUCUGCCAGAGCCUGUGGAGAGCACAGGGGCAACCCUAUACCAAGGCUCCUUUUACUAUCAGCGCAAACGCAGCCGUACCCUGGUUCGUUAUGACCUGGCUUCUGAGACUCUGGCAUCCCGCAUGGACCUGCCUAAUGCUGGUUUCCAUGGCCAGCACCCUUACUCCUGGGGAGGCUACACUGACAUUGACCUUGCAGUGGAUGAACAGGGUCUGUGGGCCAUCUACAGCACAAGCAAAGCAAGGGGUGCAUUUGUGAUUUCACAGCUGGACCCCAAGAGCUUGGAGGUGAAGAAGAGCUGGGAGACCAAUAUCAAGAAGAACACAGUGGCCAACGCCUUCAUGGUGUGUGGGCAUUUGUAUACAGUGGCCAGCUACACUGCUCCCAACACCACUAUCAACUUUGUGUUUGAUACAGCAACUGGUGUGGGACAAGCUGUCGCGGUGCCCUUCAAGAACAAGUACCAUUACAACAGCAUGGUGGACUAUAACCACGCGCAGAGGAAGCUGUACGCUUGGGACAACUUCCACAUGGUCACCUAUGACAUCAGACUGGGCAGGGCCACUCAUGGCAGGAGUUAAAGAGGAGACAAAGAAGGACUGUGGUUAACAGGACUGUGUGGAUGCUACAAGUCACAGAAGAUGAAAUAAAUAAUCAUUUCAAGUGAUCAAUGUACCAAGAUUAUUUCAUUUCAAUGUGUUUUUAAUUUUAAAAUAUUUUUGUGGCAUUAUUAUUGUAAAUAAGCUGUGUCAAGACAACAAAGAACUAUUCAUAAAGCUGUCUAAUGUGGUCAUGUGAUUAUUGUCACUGAUGAGUCAUGAAAUAAAAUUGUAAUCUGAAAAUGUUAUUUUUAUUUAAAAUAUAAACUUAUAGAAAAAAGUUUGUGUCCACUGGUUUGCAUUUUGAAAAUGUCAUCACAGCCAAGCAGUCACUUGUUGGACUGCUGAAGCCAAAAACUGCAGUUCUUUCAACUGCCAACUAAGGCUGCCUCAAAACGCAAGUUAAUCAUCAUAGACUACCAAGUUACUAUGCCAAAAUUUAGAGCAGAACUACAUAUGUU